AUGGAUCCAUUUAGUGAACCUUAUGGCUUUCAAAAUCUCCUAAACAGUCAACAACCAAAUCCCUCCUUCUCCUAUGUUAGUCGUGAACCAAGUAUUCAAGUCCCUGCCUCGGAUGCGCGUGCAUUUGGUACUGGAUGCCCUGAAGAUGCAAAUGAAGAUGAAGUCAUCUCGUCUGACCGUAAAGAAAGACGGAAAUGGUCACCAACUGAAGACAAGGUGCUCAUUUCUGCUUGGUUAAACACAUCUAAAGAUCCUGUCGUGGGAAAUGAGCAGAAAGCAAUGGCGUUUUGGAAACGCAUUGCUGCUUAUUUUGGUUCAAGUCCACAGCUUGGCGGUUACGAAAAGAGAGACACAACUUCCUGUAAAUCGAGGUGGGGGAAGAUUAAUGAGGGCGUGUGCAAGUUUGUGGGUUGCUAUGAGGCUGCAACCAAACAAAAAUCAAGUGGCCAGAGUGAGGAUGAUGUUUUAACGAUGGCUCAUGACAUUUUCUUCAAUGAUCAUAAGAGCAAAUUCACACUUGAGCAUGCUUGGUUGGAGUUAAGGCAUGAUCAAAAAUGGUGUGGAGGUCUGACAAGUAAUGUGAACUCUAAGAGAAGAAAGCUUGGUGAUCAAGCACCACAUUCAUCAACGUCAGUGCCAUUGAGCGUUGGAGGAGAUGAAGGCAUGGCACGGCCGGCUGGUGUCAAAGCUGCAAAGGGCAAAACUAAACCGGCUGUGAGCAAGGGUAAGACUUCUGAAGCAGAAGGGAAGCUGUGUGUUGACUUUCAGAACAUGUGGGAGAUCAAGCAAAAGGAUUUUGAAUUGAAAGAUAAGCUUAACAAGCAGAAACUGCUUGACUCCCUAAUUACCAAGACAGAGCCAUUAACUGAACCAGAGAUUGCUUUGAAAAAUAAGCUCAUUAAGGAUAUGUUGGUUGCUUAG